AUGGGCUUUCAAUCCUCCCAAGCAAACUUCAUAAAUACGUGUUUUGGUUUACAUUCAUUGGCGGUGAACAAAGAAGUAUGAAGGUCCAGGGUGGGGUGUUGCUAUGGGUACGGCCUUUGUCGGUCCCAUCUGCCUCCUGCAGUCCUCCCUGGGCGCACACCCUCCUAUUUCGAGACGGUGCCCGGAUCUGCCGACUGAAAAUCCGCUCGCCCUCGCCUCCGCCUCCGACAAGUUUUGUCCACAGAUUUUCAUCGAGUAGACCUCAAGAAGUCACUCCCAAUGACUUUCAGCUGAUGCAAAGAGACAUCUCACGGGGUUCUGCAGAAACUCGGAUCAUCCGUGACUCUCUCCGAGACAUGGAAGGAGUUGGUGGUUAUAUGUGUGCCGAAGGGCAAGUGCCAGGUAGGAGAACGCCAUUAGGAGCAGUUGGGCUUGGCUCGCCCUACUAUUUUCCUUCAUCUUCUACCCACUCGGAUGAAAACACACCAGAAACCCAACACCAACAAAAUCAUGCUAAUAGAUUGCAAGGAGGACAGAGCGGUUUAAAUAGUGGAGGUCCUGGGCAGAGUUCAGGAGGAGGAAAGGCUAAAGGAAGACAAGGGAAACUCGUAAGAUUAAAUAUAAAUGCAAGAGAAAGGAGAAGGAUGCAUGAUCUCAAUGAUGCUUUAGACGAACUUAGAAGCGUCAUACCAUACGCUCACUCGCCCUCAGUGAGAAAACUUUCUAAAAUAGCCACAUUACUCUUAGCGAAAAAUUAUAUAUUAAUGCAGGCGAAUGCAUUGGAUGAAUUGAGACGGUUAAUUACUUAUUUACAGGCUCAAGGGCCGAUGGCGAUUCCUCCAGGAUUUGAUCUCCAUGCUGCUAUGUUUCCUGGAAAACCAUUAGAAUCUCCUGCUAAUCAACAGGAGUCUUCAUCUGAUGGGCCCCUUUCAUGAAUUAGUAAUUCAUUCGUCCUUUCAUUUUUCUUUUUUUUUAAUAAUAAAUAAAUAAAAUCACUUUUCUGUAAAUUCUAAAUGUGCUCGUUGAACAGCACAAUGACAGUUUUGUUGACUCGGUGACUAAAUGCACUACUCCGUAAUAAUGUUGAACUUGAAAAUAUUAAAUAGAAUAACAAUUGUGAUUUCUGCAAUUAAAAAAUGAUAUAAAAGCAAGUGUGAUAAUUUGAAUAAAAUUAUAUUUAUUAGUAUUUAAAAUGAGAUUUUGUUAUGCGUGAUCAGUAGAUAUUUAUUGAUAUUAUUUUUUAACAGUAUUACUGUCAAGGCUAUGCUGUCAAACUUGCCAAACUGAUUUAAUAUGUGCCAAAGGAUUGUUUCCCUUAAUGUAGAUAGUAAAAGUGCCAUAAUAAUUUUCCAAUUAUUAUAUAAGCCUGAUAACUAGCAAUAAUAAUUAAAAGCCAAAAAAUGAAUGUCUGUAGAAAUCUAGUCAUUAGUGUAUUCAUAAAAUGAAUUAUGAAGUGCGUAUUCAUAUUUCUUGUAGACAUUUUUAUUUCAAAACUAUAAUAUUAUUUAUUUGUGUAUUUUAAAGUGUUUAUUUAUUUA